UGCUUUUGUCUGCCAUCAUCAUUCCGCUUCUCGCUGCAUUGCUUGCUCCCUUGCUGCGAACCUUUCUUCGUUCCCCGAAUUUUCCGAUUUGAAUCCUUGAUCGAAUUUGCCACUAUGCAGGGCUUGACUCAGAAGUUCGGCACCCUGAUGGCGUGCCAACGUACAUUCCUCGCUGGCAGGAGUGUCAACCUUCAGCAAAGUGCCGGGCUGAAGAGAUGGGUGGAGGAGAAACACGGCAUUCCUGCGAGGCCCAAGAAACCACAGACCCCUUACCUCAAAUACAUAAACCAACUUCGACCCAACCUCGUGAAGGCCAACCCCAACCUCAAGUUCACUGAAAUCACAAAACUUGCUGGUGCCGAGUGGCAGAAGUUGAGCGCCACGCAGAGGAAGCCUUUCGAGGCCAACUUCUCGAAUGAAUGGGCCGCCUACCUGCAGGCUGUGGAGAAUUACAAGAGCAGCUUGACUGAAGAGCAGAAGGCGCUGAUUGAAGAUGUCAAGGAACAGGAGAAGAAAAAGCUGGCCAAGAAGGAAAUUCGAAUGCAAGAGAGAGAAAAUGGCAAGCCCAAGAGGUACUUGACUGCCUUCAUGCUCUAUUCCCAAGAAGCCAGUGCUAAUAGAGGAAACAUUCCACGGAUUGAUUUCCAGGUGAAGUUGGGCGAGCAGUGGCGCAAGCUGGACGCCGCCACAAAGGACAAGUACCAGAAGCGCAGCGACGAGCUGCGUGUGGAGUACCUGGCCAGUCUGAAGAAGUGGGAAGACAAGAUGAUCCGCUUGGGCAACCUGACGCUGGUGCGCAACGACGUGCUGGCCGACAACCAAGCGAAGGCGGUGGCAAGCCUGAAGAAGAAGAGCGUCAAGCACAUGAUGGCCAAGGUGAUGGCCACCAAGGCCACCAAGAAAUAGGGACUCGCGGGGUCACCUGGCUCUUUGUUGGCCAGUGACCCCAGCAGCGCGAUGGUCGCUGAGCUGGGGCCCUUGGACCAACCCCCUCCAACUGCCCCUAGCACCCAGAAAACGCUACCCUUGAACAGCAGCAGCUCCGCAAGGCCGCUCGGAAGUAAGCUCGGCAUGCUCGCUGCCGUGUUUGCCGCCCUGUUCGCCUUGCAUGCUGUCCAAAGUGAAGCAGGCGACACCGACCAAGACUGAACUAACGCAGUUUUUUUCUCUUUGUUUUGUUUCGUUCAGUGCCCAUCGUCUCGGUUGUCCAAACGCCGAGUGUGUUUGUCUCUAACAGUAUUUUUGUUCCUAUUGUGCGAUUCUCAGCAGGCGGAGGAAAUUGUAAAUUUCCUCCUUAGUUGAAUCAUGAUUUUAACUCGCAUCGAAUCUCAGAGAGAUCAUUUUCAAAAUAACCAUUUUUGGGACCCUCUGAAGGUGCGUUGAGGAAUUUACUCAUUGUCAGAUUUAGUUCACUGUGAAGACUUCAAUAAAUCUAGAUUUAGGUGUCCUUCCAACCGUUUGGGCAUUUAACCUGCCCAAUAAUUUGCUUAUUGAAAGAAUUAAAAGUUCCUGAAGCUGCAAACAGACGGCUCACAAUCACCAGUCAAUUUCUGUGCGUUUCUAGACAUUAAAUAAUUUGGAUUGCUCAAAAUUUAAAACGAUUCAGCCAAAAUAAUCUAAUUUUUUUCAAUUUCAAAACCUAAAAAACCUUUUGUUUUUGUUUUUCCAAUGAUAAGCAGAAAUAAUCUUGGUCUUUUAGCUAAUUCAAUGAAAUAUUUUACAAGCCGAGAAUGCACAAUAAUCUCGGCUUCAUUGUGUAUUAUACAUAUUUUUUGCAAAAAUAUCUGUGUAUACAUUCAUAUUAAAUUUAUCCAAAUUUGGCAUACAACUCAUUCCAUUUUUCAAUAGGAAAACUUUUAAGACCAUUUUUGUCAUCAACACAAUUCAUUGAAACACACAUAAUUAAUUAUCGUUUCUACCGAGCUCCCAAAUAUAAUUCAGAAGCGUUUCCUCCAGCCCUUGCAACCAGUAAGAAAAAUCAUUCAAUUCUGUUUUAUUAUCAUUCCUUUAAAAACACCUUCAGAGGGCCCGUUGUCUCAGGUUCACGAUUACCAUGAUUGAUCAAAGAUAAUAAUUAUGCAUCACACUGCCGCCUAACAGUUUUCUAUUUCCAAGCCUAUUAACAAGUUUGGUACUAACAAAGGUGCUUUCUUGUGUGCUGGGGCGCCGCGGGUGUGAAUUGUGCAUCGUCCACGAUGACGAUUUUUCCUAAAUAGCUCAAAAUCAAAUUCAGUAUUUGUUUUUAAUGUCGUUUUCAAUCCAUUUCAGUUGACAUAUGGAAUGGAGUUUUUGUCGAAGGUUGGAUUUUGCUUUGGGAAGCUACUGAUCGCUUUCUCUCCGAGAACUUUUGAUUUGUUUCCGUUGCUUAAUAGAGGCUAGAAUUUAGUUCAGUGAUUACCAAGUGCCACGCAGCUUAGUAGACCGCAGUUCAGCUAGAUUCAAAUUCUGUCAAUCUUUGUACUUAUUUUUGUCAUUCCUCUCAAUAAACUUUCAUACUUAAUAUUA